AUGUCCCCAACACGGGCAGUACGAAAUAUGAUGCGCGACUACGAGAUUCGGCUCCUGCUCAAACCAAGUGCAGUUCUCAACCCUGAACACGAGGUAACGGCUACCGUCCUAUCGACCUUCGAGAUGCCCCCGACUGUCACAAAACUGAAUGUCCAAUUCCUCGAUAAUAUCUCCAGGGACCUCUAUGCCGCCGACUGGAGCGCCCGUAUCCGUAAGAUCGAAAACGAUGAUAACUUCGAGCUGACGUAUAAGAAGCGGUAUGCCGUCACAGGCGGCGACAUUGACGCUGCUCUCGUUGCGGCUAACAACGAUGGCUUCAACGCUGGCAGCGCAAAAUUCGAGGCGCAAGUCGAAUAG